AUGGCGCACGUUGAGAUCCUGAAGAACUUCAUAGAGAAGCUGGACGCGGAUCCGGGCCGUGCAGCGGAGCUUGCCGAAGGUGCCAUUCGAGACAUGCUGAAGUCGCAGUCCAGCGAUCAAUGCCUUUGUUUCCAGGGCCUUCAUAGCGCCAUCCAGCACCUCCAAGAGGAGCACAGUCUGCCCGCGGACCAGCUGCGCUGGGGCUUGCGAGCGGCGGCAGAGGUGUUGCUGUCGCCUGUGACAGCAGAGUUUUCUUACCAGCUUGCCGAACCCAUCGCGGGCGAGGUGGCCUACUCCAGGUGCCGUGUCUCGCGGCGCAGCUGCUUCCAAGUGCUGGCCGGGGGCUUCUUCGGGCUGCUGCAGCGCCCGUGGUCUGAGUGGUCCGCGUCUGAUGCGCACGACAUGCCCGGCUUCUCCUUCGAGAAACUCUGGACAUACAGCUGCGAGAGGUGGGGCACCAAAAACUUUGUGCUCAUGUCAGUGCUCAUCUUCUUCGCGAAAGCAGCACAGAGUGACAUCAUGGAUGAGGAGUUGACUAUCAUCAGAAAGGCGCUGGGGUCGCGGUGCAAAGUGGCGCCCUUUUGCCCUUUGGAGUUGAAGGAGGACGGCGUGUCCAUCCACAGCUUCGGGGGGCCAGAACAUUUGCAAGCGGACUUCGCGAAUUCCUACCUGGGUGGCGGCGUGCUGAGCGGAGGCGGAACUCAGGAGGAGUGCAUGUUUACGGAGUUCCCGGAGCUCUUGGCGAGCAUCUACCUGGUGGAGAGGAUGCUACCCCAUGAGGCUGUGGAGAUUGAGGGUGCAAGGAGAUACGUGGAUCACAACAUGGGGUACAGCCGAGAAGUCGCAGAUGGAUUCUGCAGACCAUCAGAACUUGGAGCUCCAAUCACCGCCGUGGCACUAGACGCGGUGAGUUUCCGUCGCGUGGGCAAACAUCGGCAGUAUGAGAUGGAGUUCAUUCAGCGAGACAUUCAGAAAUGUUCAGCGGCGUUGCUCCCAGAUGGCAGCAGUGCAGCUGCAAGGCGGAAGUUUGUAUCUGGCCUUUGGGGCUGCGGCGCCUUUUGCGGGGAUCCGGAGCUGAAGCUGCUUAUACAGUGGAUCAGCUGCUCCCUGGAGCCGUCGGUGGAAUCCUUGGUGUUCUGCCCCUUCGAUCAACGUGAGACACUGCUUGAUGCUGGCUUAUUGCGCUUGCUGGACGCGCUGACCGGCAUAUCGGCGACCUCCGCCCUGGACGCCGAGUCCGAGGGCAUCGUGCAGCAGGCUUUGAACCAGUUGAUGGAGCAGCGAUCUGGGCGCACAUUCCUGGUCAUUGCGCACCGGCUAUCUACCGUGAAGGAAGCUGAUUCCAUCGUGGUCCUAAGCGGCGGCGAGUGUGUGGAGAGUGGGACGCACGAGGAGCUUUUGGCCAAGGGCAAGGUGUACAAAGACUUGGUGCAGAGACAGCUGGACCUGAGGAGCUGA